AUGCUUGAGACCGAGCCGGUACGGGUGGUCCUGGAGCUCAUCCACUUCUGGGCAGCGCGGCAGUGGUUCCAGUUCUUUUCAUUCUGCAAGUCAGCCCGCAUGACACCGCUGCAGCGCGCCGUCGUCUUCCAGUCCUUCACCUACGGUCGCUACCGCGCUGUGCUGGAUCUCGUGUUGCCCAACUACUACGUCUAUCCUAAACUGCGCGUGCGACAUGCCAUUCUGGUCGCCGAGUUGGCCGACCAGCUCAUGAUGCACCACGAGCACUGCCUCGAGUUCCUUAAACGAAUGGGCCUCGACGCUCAGCUGGAGUGUAAGACUCCGCACCAGCUGCCACCACACGCGGCAGACUCCCUCUACCCAAUCAUGCCAGCACCGUCCGGUGCCACUGCUGCCACCUUUGCUUCAGCCUCAGAGCGUGGGGAUAAGGCUGAAUGGUAUUUGAACCUGUGCCACCCGAACUCUGACCCUGUCAUCACGGCUGAUGAGCUAGAGAAGAGGUGCGUUAACAAGCGAGUGCUCUUCUUCCCCACGUACCCCGCCUUCUUCGGGUUUCGCGUAUCGCACGAGGCGUAUGAGCGCUUUCCAGACGCGAAGGGCUUUCCAACGACCAGCGCCGAAGACGUCCGUGACGCGUUGGUGGUGACCAGCAGCAGCUCACCAGUCGUCCACGGCACUGUGCGACCCCUGUCAGGGUUUCAGGACAGCGCUGGACCUCAGUCGAAAGCGGGGACGUUGUCGAGGAGAAGUGCCGCGUCGACAAACCGCAGCGACGACGGGGACGACGGCGGGGACGAGGGCUGCCACGCGGACGCGUACUGCGACGAGGGCAAGCAGACGGGCCGCGACUCGCCACCGUUCUUCGACAAGGAAGCAGCUCUGCUCAGCCAACUCGGGUGUCCCGUGAACCUGAUGGAGGUGUUGGAAGCCUACUGCCCACCCUAUCACAGCGAAGUCGCCGCGCUGCGGCUUUCGGACACCAGUGAGGAGCUGUUCGCGUCGCUGCCAGCACACCGCGCGGAGAUGCUGCUCCGGUGUCGCCAGUUGCGCCUCCAAGCCCGACACUGGCAAAGGACGCCAGUGCGUGACAACACCACUGCCGCUCUUGUGUCCGAUGAGGAAGCGCUGAACUGGGCAGAGAAAAUGGAGAUGGAAUCCGUGUCCACAACGAGCAGCCUCUUGAACGGCAGCGGUAAUGACGACGUGCUGGACGACGAGGGUGAAGAGAGCCAUAGCGAUGAGGCAGCGGCGCGGCACGCUUUGGGUGUGGUUGUGUCGCCGUUGAAGUCUGACGCUGAGCUACCAGCAGUCAUCAGCGAAGCCCGGCAACUGAUCACCGCUAUCCGGGAUAACCCACUCUACGCGGCAGCCGCAGCAGCCCGCGCGGAAGCGGAGGCGGGGGAGAAGUCGCGGCAAGCAAAGCAGAAAGAGGCUGACGCCCAAAGAAAAGAGGCAGCAGCAGAGGUGACGAGAAGCGACCAACACCCGAGCUCUCCGCCUCCCUUCCCUCCAAAGCCUCCCUCGCAACCGCAGAGGGCGCUGGCACUGCCCGAGUUGGGUCCCUGCAUCGUUGUCCCUCUACCAGACAACUACAGCGACGACGCCGACCAGCGCUGCAACUCGCAGAACGCGCACGUUGUCGUAGAGUCUCCGACAACACUGUCGACUCAGCGCCUAGCGGACAUGAUUGGAAACAACGCUGAGGCACAGGUAGUUACAGAGGGCAGUGAGAGGGGGCCCCGAGAUGUGAGCACAACCCAUCAGGAGCGGCCACAAAGUAUGAGCCGGGAAGACUCUGCUGAGACAGUGGAGCCGCACCGGCAUAUUCAGGCACAGAGCUCGGCGUCCCCACCACCCCCGUUCUCGAUGCCGCCAGUUCAGUUCCACACGCCCAUGCCCGAGCCCCUCAUGCCUACAGCGGUCAGCGUGUUCACACCUGGCAAGCGCGAGCCGGUCGUUGUUGCUGGCACCGACACCACAACGCCGCCCCCCGCCGUGGAGCAGUACGAGGGCAGUAGCACCAGCACCAGCAACAGCAGCAGCGGUAGCAGCAGCGCCCCAAUGUUGGGCUACAGUCACCUGAAGCCACUAAAGCAGACGCUGCCGGGAGACGGCAAGGACGACGCGGAGAGUGCUGGUGAUGACGACGAUAAGGAGUCAGAACUGUUGAGUAGCAGGGACAAGUCCUCCUCCGCGUCUGUGGUCGACGACGUUGAGUCGGCAUUGAACAGCAACAACGCCGAGAGCGGCACAUUGGUGCCGCCCAUCCCACCUCUGUGGGGCGGUCAGCGUCCUCUGCCGGUGCCGCCGCCGAUGGCGGUGAUCGACAGCUUCACACCGCGGUCUCCGCUGAAAAAACGUCCUGCAUCAUCAGCAGCCCCUCCCGCAUCUCACCGUAUCGACAGAGAGGUGGAGCGAGGUGUCGCCAGCGGGAACGAGAGCGUUGAGGAUGCUGUUGAAGAAGUGCCGGCAAGUGUCAACGACGAGGGACUUUGGAAGCACCACAAAGCAGAGACAGCGCGGCAGCCCGGUGUGUUCGCGCAGAGACCGCCAUCGGCGGGUAUCCCUGCUUCCUCCGUGGACGUCUUCGCUCGCGCGUGCGUUCCACUGAUUGAGGAAUACCUGCAUCUUUGGAUGCGACUGACACACGAAGACGACACGACGCUGCGCACAGCAGCGCAGUAUGUGCUCAACCUCCGUGAAGCAGAGGCAACAGCUGAGGCUACACGCAGCGCCAACGAGGGUGGCAAUGAAGCUGAUUGCGCGGCACUCACUCGGCGAGGGGGCCUGAUGCAACGCCGUUACAGGAGCGCGCUUCGAGACGAAAAGGGAGCAACAGCGACAGCGUCCACAUGGCGGCAGCAGUGGCGUCUGCAAAGGACAGCCCAGGCGAUGGCGCGCGUGGCCCGCCAGCUUCUCACCACGGCGGUGCUUCGAGGCAGCAUGAGCGAGUACGGGCAGCUGAUGUGGGACCUCUCCAUCUCGGAGUCGGAGCCCUCGACCACGAUGGGACGCGAUGCGGCUUUUGGAAGCGGUCUCUGCGCGACUGAACCCGACCGCGGAGACGCGGCGAAGGCGCGUGCGGCGCAGCGGCACCGUGUCGCCUAUGACGGCAGUGACGACGCGCGAGCAGCACGCCUAAGCUGCGGUUGCUCUGCUGCCAUGCUCUCUGUAGGCGAUGCUGAUGUGAUUCUCGCCGCUGCGCAGGUGCAGCCUGCCGGUGCUUUGGCGAGAGGCGCGUAUAGCACCAUAACCGCAUGGCCCUCGGCCCCGAAUGGAUCCUCGAUGCGCUCUGCAGCGUCCAUCCCAGUCACGGAGGAAAGCUCUGGUCUAGGCUACGCGAAGACCACAUGUAAGUCCGCCUUGAACAAAACCUUGAGCACUGUCUUCAGCUGCGGUGUUGGCGCAGAGACUCUGCCCUCCCAUGACUCACUAGCUUCUUUUUUCUCCAAUGCCAUCGACGUGUCGCUGGAUUCUGCGGACGACUGCGGCCGCUCUCGUCGUUGCUGCCCUGCAGCAGCACUGCAGCUCACCAGUAUCUAUAUCUGGGUGAGCACUGAGAGCUACUGUCACCGCGAGCGCCUUGUCAUUCCUGCAUCCCCAGCCGGCACCAGCGCUGUGGACUCAACGGCGUUUGCUUGGCUGUUUCAGAAUGAAAGAGAACGGUGGCUGGUGUCCGUGAUGUUGCCGGCAACUUCAUUCACAGCUAUGGCGGUCUCCGCUGAUGUGAGUGAUAGGGGUGAUGACGACGGACGAGCAUCAUGGCUACAGCCUAACCCAAGCCGACGGAGUGGAAAGCGUCGUCGCAGCAGUGGGCAGAACAGUCAUGUCGGCGACGACACGCGCGGUGUAAUGUGGCUGAGCGAAGUGGACAUCGACCCGCACAGCGCAACUUCGCCCUCUCCAGUUCCGCUUGUCGCGCGGCUGUUUCAUCGAGACCAUUUUUCAGACGUGCUGACGGUGCGCUCCACACUGUUAGCCCCCACGCACAACGUUGGCGCCGCAGCGCAGAGGUACAGCGCGGUGCCUCUAAUGACACGCAUCACCCUCUACGGCUGCGACGCGCAUGCACUGCCGCGCUUGCGAGUGCGGCGCGAUGGCGGAGUACGGCUUGCGCAGCAGCACACGUGCGUCGCUGCGACUCACAGCCCCAGAAAAGCUGCGCAGGUGAAGGCCUCGCCGGACUCCACGCGAGCGCUUGCCAUGUCCCAUGCACACUACACGGCCCUCCUCGCCGUCGACAUCGCAGAGCCGGGGUACAUGGCGAAGGCGCGGCGUGUGCUGACAGCGGUUGUGGCGAGUCACGUGGCGCGCACGACGGCUAUGCCGGCGCGUGGAGCACCAGCGGCGGCGAUGGAGUGGAACGGCCACCAGGAGGGGGUGCAAGAGCAGAACUGCGUUGCUGGCGUUCUCGUGUGCCUCCUCAGCUCCCCCGCACAGGUGGCGGCCACCGCCCCUAUCGUGGCCGAGAUCAAAGACGUGUUCGGGGAUCUUUGGCAUGACCGACACGGCGCAGGCGAGAAGAGCAAAGAUGGCGCCGUCUCCGAAGCCUCAACGCCGACUGUCGUCGGCGUUAGGAUCGUGUACGGUGACGCAGAGGGGGCGAAGGCAGCCAUGAAGACGGGCAUGCAGGCGCUGCUGUCCUCCUACGCGCAGCAGGCGCUGUCCGUGUUGGCCGGCGAUGGCUGA